ACAUGUAUAUCACAUCAACUGACUGGUUCUUCUGAUGUUGUUCACACAGGAGACAAUGUUGAGACAUUCUCUACAUCUAGAGAGCAACAGCAGGAAGAUCCCAGAGCUAAGAGGUCUCACCCCUGCCCACAUUGUGAGGAGAUUUUCCCAUUUCUAUCAAAGCUAAAAGUACACCUAAAAAUACACACAGGAGAGAAUCGGUAUUCCUAUACUGACGGUGGGAAGAAUUUCACAACAUCCAAGGCUCUGACAGUUCAUCAGAGAGUGCACACAGGAGAGAAGCUGUUCCCCUGCUCUGACUGUGUAAAAUGCUUCACAACAUCAACUAGGCUAAAAGUUCAUCAAAGAACACACACAGGAGAGAAGCCUUACAUCUGCUCUGACUGUGGGAAGAGUUUCUCUCUACUGCGCAACUUAAAACGACACGAACGUAUACACACAGGAGAGAAGCUUUAUUCCUGCUCUGACUGUGCCGCGAGGUUCUCUCUACUGUGCAACUUAAAACGACAUGAAUGUAUACACACAGGAGAGAAGCCUUACUCCUGCUCUGACUGUGGAAAGAGUUUCUCUCUACUGGGCCACUUAAAAAGACACCAACAUAUACAUACGGGAGAGAAGCCUUACUCCUGCUCUGACUGUGGAAAGAGUUUCUCUCGACUGGGCCACUUAAAAACACAUAAACAUAUACAUACAGGAGAGAAGCCUUUCUCCUGCUCUGACUGUGUAAAAUGCUUCACAACAUCAACUGAGCUAAAAGUCCAUAAAAGAACACACACAGGAGAGAAGCCUUACUCCUGCUCUGAUUGUGUAAAAUGCUUCACAACAUCAACUAGGCUAAAAGUUCAUCAGAGAACACACACAGGAGAGAAGCCUUACAUCUGCUCUGACUGUGCGGCGAGUUUCUCUGUACUGUGCCACUUAAAACGACAUGAAAGUAUACACACAGGAGAAAAGCCUUACUCCUGCUCUGACUGUGCGGCGAGUUUCUCUCUACUGUGCAACUUAAAACGACAUCAACGUUUACACACAGGAGAGAAGCCUUAUCACUGCACUGACUGUGAGAAGAGAUUCUACAGAUUGGGCCAUUUAAAAAGACACCAAUGUAUACAUAAAGGAGAGAAGUUUUCUCAGACCAGCUAAGAUUAGACACUCCACUUAAUGACAUGAGAAUUAAAUAAUUGGCAACGUUGAAUUGAAUCAAAUGAAGAAAGCGUAGAACACUCAAUUGUUAUCCUGUUGUUUCUCACUGUGAGAGAACUGUACAGAGGGAAUGGAGCAUUCUAGAAUGUUAGCCUCUCUUUACUGAUCAGUGUACACCUUGACAGUUUUGGUGAGUAGUGUUAGCAUCUACUGUAAAGAUAUUGAGAUGACCUUGGAUUUGCCCUUAAGGUUGAAUAUCCUUUGUGAGGCGUCUCACUAUAGAGUGGAGUCUGAUGGGUAACUGAGUGGUACUGCUUCACUCUGCAGUUUUCUGUGGGAUUUAGCUAGUAGAUACAACAUGCACUGAGUGUACAAAACAUUAACGACACCUGUUCUUUCCUUGACAUAUCCUUAAUGAUCUAGUUGUUGUGUAUUUAUUAUAGAUCCUCAUUAGCUUUCAACAAAAAACAAACUGCGGUUGCACUGGACUAAGGAAUGAAAACACUGGACACUGGAAAAUUGGAAACAUACUGCCUGGUCUGAUGAAUCCCAGUUCCUGCUGUUUCAUACUGAUGGGAGGAAAUGGUGGAAAAAGUACCUAACUGUCAUACUUGAGUAAAAGUAAUGAUACCUUAAUAUAAAAUGACUCAAUUAAAAGUGAGUCACCCAGUAAAAUACUACUUGAGUAAAAGUAUUUGGUUGUAAAGAUACUUAAGUAUCAAAAGUGAAAGUAUGAAUAAUUUCAAAUUCCUUCAAUUAAGUAAACCAGAUGGCACAUUUGUCUUUAAAAAAAAUAUAUAUAUAGUACGGAUAGCAAGGAGCAGACUCCAACACUCAGACAUCAUUUACAAACAAAGCAUUUGUGUUUAGUGAGUCUGCCAGAUCAGAGGCAGUGGGGAGGAACAGGGAUGUUAUCUUUAAGUGUGUGAAUUGGACCAUUUCCUGUCCUGCUAAUCAUAAAAAAUGUAAGGGGUACUUUUGGGUGUCAGGGAAAAUGUAUGGAGUAAAAAUAAAAUGAUUUUCUUUAGGAAUGUAGUGAAAUAAAAGUUGUGAACAAUAUAAAUAGUAAAGUACAGAUACCACUAAAGUAGGUCUUCAAAUAAUUUAUUAUUUCGUGCUUUACACCACUGCAUGCAUCCAUGCUGUGUGUCAGCAUUGCAGGCUGGUGGUGUGAUGGUUGGGGUGUGUUUUCAGGGCACACAUUGGGCCCCUUGAUAAAAGCUGAGCAAUGUUUGAAUGCCACAGGAUAUCUAAAUAAUUACUGCCAAUCAGGUGCCUCCCUUCAUGGCAGCAGUGUAUCCAUCUGCAAAUAGAUUUCUUCAGCAGUAUUAUGCCACAAGACUUGUCCAGGAAUGGUUCCAAGAACAUGACAGAGAAUUCAGUUUACUGUGGGAGGAGAUGGAACGAGCUAUUCAGAGUAGACACCUUGGACAGUCUAUGCACCAAUGAAUUGAGGAUGUUCUGAGGACAAAGAGGGGUGCAACUCAAUAUUUUGGAGGUGUUCCUAAUGUUUUGUACACAGUGUAUAUCGGAUAAAGAUGGGGUGGUCAGUUUUUAGCAUUGGUAUCGGUGUAUUAUUUUAUUACUAACUUUUGUUUAAUGAUUAACAGACUGAAUCUACUACUUGUUUAUUUAAUUGUCUUUAAUACUUGAUUCAUUAUUGUAGUCAUUGAUGAUGAAUGUAUUUGAAUAACUGUAUUGAAGUUAAUUGAUCUGGUGGCAGGUAGCCUAGUGGUUAAGAGUGUUGGGCCAGUAACUGAAAGGUUGCUUGUUUGAAUCCCGAGCCGACUAGGUGAAAAAUCUGUCAUUGUGCCCUUGAGCAAGGCAAUUAACCCUUAUUUGUCCUGUAAGUUGCUCUGGAUAAAAACAUCUCCUAAAUGACAAAAAUGUAAUGAAAAAUAAUGUUUGUACAUACAUUUUUUUCUCUCUUGUGUAUAAUUAAAUGAAAUAAACUGUUUGAAGUGACAUACUGUAUAUACAAUACACAACAUUACCACUUUGUUUACCCUGGCCAGAGGGACAGGACCAUAGUAAACUAGACUAUGUAACUGCUGUUGUUAGUAGCCUAGAGUUUCCAUGUAAUACAGCAUGUCAGAUCACUAAUGAUUAGGUGUUAAGGCUGCUACAUUUCUGCUUAUGUCUUUUGGGAGUGAUAUGUUAUCAGGCUAAGUAACUACUAGGUACAUUAUUUACUAAUUUCAAUCUUAUACCAACCAACCCUAUGCUUGGUGUGACUGUUAUGGUCAGAACAGACCAUCUGAUAUGCACUUAAAUAUUGUAAUAUGCAACUUUGAAUUAAAAUGUAAGAGGACCAGUGCUUCUACAGUGAAUCACAUUGUGCUGUUUGAGAGAGAUGUUGUUAGACUGCAUUGUAUCAUUGUUUCCUCUUCUGAGUGCACUGGUGGGCAACAAUAUAAUUUCAAUUCACAGAGACAAUGAAUAUUUCAAAUACUUAUUUUCCACCAUAAUUUGUAAAUAAAUUCAUUAAAUCCUA